AUCUACUGAUUAUAAACAAAUCACUACAUUUGCCAUUUUUAUUAGCUCCGAAAGCAACAUUGUAACUUUAGUUUUGUGAUCAGGUCCAGUGAGAAAUAGAGUUCUCCCUAAUCUAUUACCCUGUGGAUAAUUCUUUUUUGAAACAGAGAAAAAAUUCUCAGCCUUUCAUUCACCGAAGUCAACUAAAUAAUUUCCCUUUUUAAACAACUUCGUUGUAAUUUAAUACAUUUUUGAUAGCUUCAAGAAAUGAAAUAAAAGAAGGUUGUUUCAAAAUCAUGAUGCAUCUGCUAAACAUCUAAACAAUUCUAGUUCAUCUUUCAUUACAGGAACAAAGGCAUUUAAAAAAGAGAUGUUAAUAUCUGUGAAAACAAAGUCGUCUGUAUUCACGUGUGCACCAGUCUCCUGAAUUUUGUGAAGGAAAAACAAAAUGCGGACAACACUCUGUGGACCCUGAGGGAUGACCCAGUUAGUCCUUCAUCAGCAUUCUGUGAUAAUAGAAUGUGGACUUCUGCUCGUUAAAAUCCACUGACCAUUGAGGCUAACUGCCAGGAGACUGGAUUCUGACUUCCGACCAUUGGUAUCUUUGUGAAAAUCGGUCUACAUCCACCCUUUAAAAGCACUGAUGAAUCAGAACUUGAAAGCAAAGAAAAAUUGACAAAUUUUAGUAAAACAAAGGAGUUGUUAAAUACAAACUAGAAGGAGGCAAGACUUAACUUACAAUUUACCCUAUAAGAACAAAUGUAGUUGCCGCGUUAAUAGGAAAAAAUGAACAGCACGUGUAUUGAAGAACAACACUACCUGGAUCACUACUUGUUUCCAGUCGUUUACAUCUUUGUGGUCAUAGCCAGUGUUCCAGCCAACAUCGGGUCUCUGUGUGUGUCUUUUCUGCAAGCAAAGAAGGAGAAUGAACUAGGAAUUUACCUCUUCAGUUUAUCACUAUCAGAUCUGCUCUACACGUUAACUCUCCCUCUAUGGAUUGAUUACACUUUGAAUAACGACAACUGGACUUUCUCUCCUGCCUUGUGCAAGAGCAGUGCUUUCUUCAUGUACAUGAACUUUUACAGCAGCACAGCGUUCCUCACCUGUAUCGCCAUUGAUCGGUACUUAGCGGUGGUCCACCCUUUGAAGUUUUCUUUUCUAAGAACAAGAAGGUUUGCAUUCGUGGUCAGCCUAUCCAUCUGGGUAUUGGAAACCAUGUUCAAUGGCGUCAUUCUGUGGGAAGAUGAAACAGCUAUAGAAUAUUGUGAUGCCAAAAAGUCUAAUUUUACUUUAUGCUAUGACAAAUACCCCCUAGAGAAGUGGCAAAUCAGUUUGAACUUGUUUAGGACGUGUACAGGCUAUGCAAUACCAUUGGUCAUUAUAAUGAUUUGCAACCAGAAAGUCUACCAAGCUGUGCAGCAUAAUCAAGCCACGGAAGAUGGUGAAAAGAAGAGAAUCAUAAAACUGCUUAUGAGUAUCACGUUGACUUUUGUCUUGUGUUUUACUCCCUUUCAUGUGAUGCUGCUGAUUCGCAGCAUCUUAGAGCAUGAUGUGGACUUCAAUGAACAUAUCUUUGACCACAACAAGUCUGGGAGGCAGACUUACAAAAUGUACAGAAUCACAGUUGCAUUAACAAGUUUAAAUUGUGUGGCAGAUCCAAUUCUGUACUGUUUUGUAACUGAAACAGGAAGAUCUGAUAUGUGGAAUAUACUAAAAUUCUGUACUGGGAAGCUUAAUAACUCACAAGGACAAAGAAAAAGGAUAUUUUCUAUGUCUACAAGAGAUACCAUGGAAUUAGACAUCUUGGAGUAGGAGCAAAGAAUGUUUAUAAGGUACACAGUAGCAUAUCAUCAAGAUGAUAUUUUGAAGAGGAAAUCAAACAUGGGAGAGGACUAAGUGUUCCAAUUGAGUAUUUUAAUCUUUUAGAAGCAUGGUGUA